AUGUACAUGGUGGGAAGAGGCUCAAAGGAGAAAACAGUGAGCCUCCCCCGGACAGUGGCCGGCGGUGAACUGGAAGUGGUUGAUGAAUUCGUGUACUUGGGAUCUCUGAACACCGCCGACAACAAUACCACGAAUGAGAUCCAACGACGCAUUCAAGCUGGAAAUCGUGCAUACUUUGCGCUCCGCAAGACGCUUCGGUCAAGGAGAAUACAGCAUCGCACAAAGCUAUCGGUGUACAAAACCUUAAUAAGACCAGUGGUCCAUUAUGGACUCGAGACUGUGACGCUGCUCACGGAGGACAUACGCGCUCUGGCUGUCUUUGAGCGGAAAGUGCUGCGGACUAUUUUUGGUGGAGUACAAACGCGGAGAGUGGCGCAGACGUAUGAACCAUGA